UUUGCCGUUGGAGGCGUUGGCAAAUUCAGUGGGGUUAGGUUGAGCGGUUAUUCUCCGUGUGGAAGUGGAUUGAGAGCAGAUUGACAGGAGGAACCAUUGCUGAUAAUUUUAAGUAAAGCUGCUCAUUGGUCCAGACAGAAGAUGGGGAAGAAGAGUCGCGUGAAGACUCAGAAGUCAGGGGCCACAGCUGCCGUCUCCCCCAAAGAGAUGCUGAACCUCAUCUCCGAACUUCUGCAGAAAUGCAGCAGCGCAGCCCCCUCUGCUGGCAAGGAGUGGGAAGAGUAUGUCCAGAUUCGAACGCUGGUGGAAAAAAUCCGCAAGAAGCAAAAAGGCAUGUCGGUGAUGUUUGAGGGCAACAGAGAGGACUUCUUCUCUGAGCUGAUGACCUGGGCUGCAGACUGCGGGGCCUCCUGUGACGGCUUUGAGAUCUCCAACUUUGCAGACCAGGGCUAUGGGCUCAAAGCCACCAGAGACAUCAAGGCAGAGGAGCUCUUUCUCUGGAUCCCCAGAAAAAUGCUGAUGACUGUGGAGUCAGCCAAGAACUCUGUCCUUGGUCCCCUGUAUGGUCAGGACCGCAUCCUGCAGGCCAUGGGCAACGUGACGCUGGCGCUUCACCUGCUGUGCGAGCGUGCCAACCCAGCGUCGCCCUGGCUGCCCUACAUCCGUGCGCUGCCCGCCGACUACGACACGCCGCUCUACUUUCAGGAGGACGAGGUGCGCCACCUGCUGGCCACGCAGGCCAUCGCCGACGUCCUGAGCCAGUACAAGAACACCGCGCGCCAGUACGCCUACUUCUACAAAGUCAUCCAGACUCAUCCCAAUGCCAGCAAGCUGCCCCUGAAGGAUGCGUUCACCUUCGAUGACUACAGGUGGGCCGUUUCCUCGGUGAUGACCCGACAGAACCAGAUCCCCACGGAGGACGGCAGUCGGGUCACCCUGGCGCUGAUCCCACUCUGGGAUAUGUGCAACCACACCAACGGCCUGAUCACUACUGGCUAUAAUCUGGAGGAUGACCGCUGUGAGUGUGUUGCCCUGCAAGAUUACAAAGAGAAUGAACAGAUCUACAUCUUCUAUGGUACCCGCUCCAACGCAGAGUUCGUCAUCCACAACGGCUUCUUCUUCGAGGACAACGCCCACGACAGGGUGAAGAUCAAGCUGGGGGUCAGCAAGAGCGAGCGGCUCUACGCCAUGAAGGCCGAAGUUCUGGCUCGAGCUGGCAUCCCCUCGUCCAGCAUCUUCGCCCUGCACUGCAGUGACCCACCCAUCUCCGCUCAGCUCCUGGCCUUUCUGCGUGUCUUCUGCAUGACCGAAGAGGAGCUGAAGGACUAUCUGGUGGGCGAGCACGCCAUCAAUAAGAUCUUCACGCUGGGCAACACGGACUUCCCCGUCAGCUGGGAGAAUGAGAUCAAGCUGUGGACCUUUCUGGAGACCCGUGCCUCUCUACUGCUCAAGACCUACAAAACCACCUCCCAGGAGGACCGCGCCAUGCUGGAGAAGCCCGACCUGUCGCUGCACUCGCGCACGGCCAUCAAGCUGCGUCUGGCGGAGAAGGAGAUCCUGGAGCGGGCGGCGGCCAGCGGCCGGGCCAAGAGGCUGCACUUCCAGCAGCGCCUGGACGAGGGCGCCGCGCUGCCCCUCUACGAGGAGAGUGACAUCUCCCUGCUGGAGAACGCCGACGCCAAGCUCCCCAUCAUCCUGCGCAAGCUCGAGGAGGAGGAGGAAGAGGAGGAGGAGGAGGAGGAGAGGAGUGUGGAGAAGGAGCUAAAGAGGGAGCAAGGAGACGCGCCGGUUGCGCCACUCCUCAACGGAGAGCGCAAGGUGGCCGAUAGCCCCGACGGCGCAUCGCAGCCGGAGGGGGAGAAGGAGAGAGGGAUAGAGAAGGAGGAGGAGGAGGAGGAGAGAGGGAUACAGAAGAAAGAGGAGAAGGUGCAGAAGGACUUGCAGGAUCUGGACUUGCAGCAAGAGGACGACUUGAGCGAAAAGAGAACUGGUGAUGUGUCCAAAGAGAACGUAGACUAGAAUCCUCAUGCCUGUAGAUCCGACACACACACAUACACACACACACACACACACACACACACACACGUACACACACAUACACACUCGCGUGC